AUGAAUCCAAUACAAAAACUACUGCAUCCAGUCUUUGACUAUUUGGGUGACAUCGAAGAUACAGAACUUCAUCAAGCGACAAGGGACAGCGAUUUGGAUCGAAUGAGAAGUCUUUUUUUAAGUGAAUCUGCCAAUGUCAACCAGAAAAAUUGUAUGGGUCAAACAGCUUUAGCACAAGCAGCAGAUGGUGGAAAUGUUGACUGUGUCCGUUUACUUCUGGACCAUGGAGCCAUAAUAGAUACGUCAGAUAUCAAAGCACAGACCCCAUUAUUUCUUGCUUUGAGGAACCAACAUUUGAAAGUAGCAAGAAUUUUACUGAUGCAUGGUGCCAGUCCUGAUGGAGAUCUUGCAAAUGCUGCUACACCCCUUUGCCAUGCUGCCUGGCAUGGCCAUAAUGAAGUUAUCAAGUUGCUAUUAGAAUUUGGUGCUGAUGUCAAUUCAGAGCAUCGUGAUGUGCGAAGAUUGGAUUACCAAAGUCCUUUGAGUUUGGCGUUUGCCUAUCAACACUUGGAGACUGUGAAAUUAUUACUACGGUAUGGGGCAGAUCCUAAUAUAGGUGGCCAUCUUUAUCACCAGGCUGCAAGAAAAAAAUACCCGCUCAUCUAUACUCAACUUCUAUAUGAGUUUGGUUCUAAUAUUUACCGAAAAGACAAUUCCCAGGCAUAUGCAUGGGAAAUUGACCAAGGUCAAAGUGAAUGUGCACAAUACUUAAAAAUGGUCAAAGAUCAUCCUAACAGUUUGAAAGCAGUUUGCAGAAUAACCAUUCGACAAAUUGUUGGUUGGAAAAGGAUAAGUCGACUCAAAGAAUUACAAAUGUUACCCAAAUUUGUUAUUUCAUAUCUCAGUUACAAUGAAUAUAAUGACUGCUGA